GACUUUUCUGACCUGUUUUCGUGAUAGCAAUCCUGCUCUCCUCUUUUGUACAUUUUUUGUUCAUGGUAAAUUACGUUUGGACGCUAGUGAUAGAAAUUCACGCAGAAACCAGGAUGUAUAUCGUGCAAUAACCGUAUGAUGGAAUGGCGGAAGAGGAGUUUGAUAGGCAGUUGAUGUGUGAUGAACCUGAAGUGGUACAAACACUCAUCGACAUUUCAUCACAAAUGUUGAUCAGCUUAAGGAAUUUAUGCGAGACUCGCGCAGAACUUACUCAACACGAAAUUAGAACCUUAGAAGGUAAACUUGUGAAGUUGUUUUCAGUACAAUUAAAUAAUAGACAGAAAAAUCCAGGGCGGUUUGAUUCUCCAAAAUUAAAAAAUACACCUUCUCUAAAACAGUGGCUGGAAGUUGUAGGACUUAGUGUACUUUCUGUACAGAAAAUAUGUGAGAACAUCAAUUCUAUAGAAACCUUAUUGUUAAAAUCUGAAAAUGAGUUGAAAUCUAUUCUACCAGAAUAUUCUCUUAAAGAUGAAGAACUUAGACGGUUGACUAGAGCAUCUUACAAUUUAAAAAAAUAUAGUGAAACUAUAAGAGUUGGAAAUAGAACUCGAGAAAAAUGUAAAAUGACGUUGUAUUGGGAUUCUUGGUAUCGACAAUAUGAAGUUCGCUGUGAACAAGCAGGACAUUCUCCAUCAUCUGUCCAGGGCCAUUCUCCUUCAUCAUCGUGUCGUCUAAGAAAUGCCCAUUUAAAUCAUUACACUCCACCUUUAACCCCUACUUUAUUUAAUCAUAAUCAUAGAACCAAUGAUAGUCCUAUUUCUAAAUUAACAUCACCAAAAAAUCGAAGGAAUUUAAAUCCUGAUGUAGUUUUCUCUGUUGUGACUUCACAAAGUCAUUCAGAUAAUCAUGUGGAUGAAAUUCAUCAAAAUGGAGUGGUCACACAUUGUUUACCUAAAGAGCCAUCGGAUACUUCUAUUUUUACAAAUUCAAUGAGUCCAAUUAGAGAUAUUCAAUCAGCCACCAAUGGAUUAACAGUACCACAAUCUCCAAAAUCUUUAGUUCCUGAUAACUGUCUUAAAACUGGUCACAAAUUUUCAAACUUACUUCCUAUGCUUGGUUGUUGUGAGCUAUGUUCUGUACGAGUAUUUGUGGGAGUCAAAUGUAAAAUAUGUAAAUUUCGAUAUCAUAAGGGUUGUUUGUCAAAAAUUCCAUUACAUUGUACAAAAAGUGCUGCAACAGAUGAUAAUGAUCCAUUGCUUGAUGAUGUAAUUAAUUCAUCAGUUAAUCACUCUCCUAAUUUUAAUCGCCCUACUUCUCACAAGACUUCUUCUUCAUUAUUAUCAAGACGAAAAACUCGAAUACCAUCUAUCAAUUCCAUACCAGUUUCUUCUAAAAGUGGUGGAGCUGAAUCCAGUUCUGCUCCAUCUAGUACAAAUAGCUCUACACCUUCAAGUCCAGCUCUAGUCAACACCAGACAAACACAUGUUUCUUCUUUACCUACACCAGCCAUUACUCAUGAGCAAUUUCACUAUCCUGAUACUCCAAUUUAUUCACAAGAUUUACAGAAAAAUCAGUGUAGAUUCAUUGAAUCAAGAGGUGGUAGUUCAGAUUCAGAACAAACAUCAAUUAGAAUUGAUUCUUCUGAAAACCAAAAUUGGGAUACUGAUGAAAUAGAAACAAGAGGUUGGCCAAGACAAAAUAGUCUAUCUCUUCAAGAGUGGGAUAUACCUUGGGAUGAGUUAAACAUGUGUGACAAAUUGGGAGAAGGUCAUUUUGGUACUGUAUUUAGUGGGAAUUGGCAUGGGCCAGUUGCUAUUAAAGUGAUAAAUAUGGACUAUCUAGAUUAUGAAAAAACAUUAGAAGCAUUUAAAGCUGAAGUAGCUACCUUUCGUAAAACUCGUCAUGAAAAUUUAAUUUUGUUUAUGGGUGCCUGUAUGAAGCUUCCUAGAUUAGCAAUUGUAACAAGUCUUGCGAAUGGUAUGACAUUGUACAGACAUAUACAUGUGCUCAAAGAUAAAUUUAAUAUGAGUCGUACCACAAUGGUAGCUCAACAAAUAUCACAGGGUAUGGGAUAUUUACAUGCUAAAGGUAUUAUUCAUAAAGACCUUAGAAGUAAAAAUAUAUUCUUAGAAAAUGGAAAAGUCAUAAUUACUGAUUUUGGUUUAUUCAGUGUUACAAGGUUAUGUUUUCGUAACCGGACUCAAGAUGGUCUCAUUGUACCUCCAGGUUGGUUAUGUUAUCUGGCUCCAGAAUUAGUUCGUAAUUUGCGUGUACAUCAGAGACCUGAAGAAGAAGACUUACCAUUUAGUAAAGCAUCAGAUGUCUAUGCUUUUGGAACGGUUUGGUAUGAACUACUAUGUGGUGAGUGGCCAUUCAAAUCAGCUAGCCCAGAAGUUAUUAUUUGGAAUAUUGGGCGUGGUAUGAAGCAAAGGCUAGCUAAUUUAGAAGCAUCUGGUGAUGUCAAAGACAUACUAAUGACAUGUUGGUCAUUUAACCCUGAAAAAAGACCAGAUUUUGCUCAAAUGCUUAAAACUCUUGAACGAUUGCCACGAAAACGUUUAGCUCGGAGUCCAUCACAUCCAAUUCAUUUAUCUCGAUCAGCAGAAUCUAUCUUUUAAAAAUAGUUGAACAGUAUUAUAAUGUGGCUGUACCAAUGACUUUAUUAAUUUAUGUGGUAUAAUAAUUAUUUGAAUUAAACAAUUUACAGAGCUCAGUUAUACAGGUAAUCUUGCUUAAAGCGCUUUAUGUAAUGCAAUUAUAUAUUUUCCAUUAUUAUU